GAUGACAGUAUGGGAUAGAUGUGUGUAUGUAUGCAGGUUGCAGUUGUUUCAGCGUUUUGAAAAGUUCCGUAUCAUUGUGUUUGGUGGAGAUGGGAGUGUGGGGUGGGUACUGUCAGCUGUGGAUCGCUUCAACCUUCACUCCAAGACAAUGUUGGGAGUGGUUCCACUUGGAACUGGUAACGACAUGGCAAGGGUCAUGGGCUGGGGAGCUACGUUCAACGACGAAGAGAAGCUCCCGCUAAUUCUGAGGGAAAUGGAGUUUUCCUCGUUUCACUUGCUCGACCGCUGGUCCAUCCAGUAUAGCCGCGGAGAUGUGGAUAUGUCACCCAUCGCUGAGGCCAGCAGUGUAAGAGAGAGAGGAGAGAGAGAGAGAGGAGAGAGAGAGAGGAGAGAGAGAGAGAGAGAGGAGAGAGAGAGAGGAGAGAGAGAGAGGAGAGAGAGGAGAGAGAGAGAGGAGAGAGAACUUGUAGUAUAGUUGGCGUAACGUAUUACAUGAAAAUGUUGACCGUUCACUCACAGCCCAUUCCUCCCAAGGCCUACCGCUCACCUCUUCUCCUUCCUCGCACUCUCGAGGAGCCGCCUCCGCUCCCCGGACCACACCCAAGCUCCGCCCCCGACAACGAUCCUCCGUACAGCCCCGUCAACAUUGGGGAGGUGUUUGAGGCCGACUCUAUCGAUCGGACAGGGCUGGAGGUGUGUCAGCUAUCUGACCCCGCCCAGUUGUGUGAGCUGCCUUCUCCGGCCGACUCCAGUCCAGAGACUGAUGGAACUAUUACCACUACUACUAGUGGGAGUGUUGGCUCAUUUGACCUCAUUGUCUCUGAUCUGACGCAGAUUCUCUGCUCUCGGGACGAAGCCACCGUCAUCUCCUCUGCUCAGAGAGUGUCCCAAGUGGUCGGCCAUUUUGUCACCUCGGUUCUGGAAGACAGGCGAAGGAAGCUAACGACGGGGGAGUACAGGGACGACCCCCUCGUCCAGCAGUGCACCGUCCUACAGCAGAAACUGAAGGGACUCCAACAUACCCUGGAGGACGAAGCCAACGCAGCCACAGAGCAGCAGCAGAGAGAGCGACAGCAGAGAGCCGUGAGAGAGGGAAGCAGUGAAUCGGAACAGAAACAGAAAGACGGGAGGAGCGACAACAAGACGACCGGGAAACUCUUUGUCCCUCGCGACGCUCUAAUGGCGCGGGCCAACAGCCUCAAAAAGGCGGUGAGGAGCAUUCUCGACAUGACCGAGAGGGAGAUUGAGACGCAGGCAGAGGUCACGGCAGAAGUUCAAACUCUCAUGUGUCCGGUUCACGAAGAGCCCGGGAGUCACACCAGCCCGAACCUGAGUCCCUAUUCCAGUCACAGCAGUAUAGACUCGGAACGACGAGAGAGUUUCGAAAUGGGGCCGCAGAGUCUCGACUAUUUCGAGCAGCGGAGCAGUAUUGAUUCCGGGGCGAGUGACUCGUUCGGAGGUGCCCGGGGUAGCGUGGACUCGGGACGCCGCAGUCUGGAUUUGGGACUCAAGGACAGAACGGAGUCUGGGGAACCGCGACACGGUCGGCUUUCGGUGACGUCAUUGGUCUCCGUGGUGGAGCCGGCUCCUGUUCUGAGGGAGACCAGAGAGGUGGCAUGCAUGAACAACUACUUUGGCAUUGGUCUGGAUGCCCAAAUCGCCUACCAGUUCCACAACACCAGGGAAAAGAACCAGAUCAAGAGCCGGACAAAGAACAAGAUGUUGUACGGGAUACUCGGCGGGAAGGAGUUCUUUUCCAACUCUCAAAAGUACCUGGAGAGGAAGAUGACGUUGGAGUGCGAUGGAACGCCCGUAUCGUUGCCCACCAGACUCCAGGGUCUCGUGUUUCUCAACAUUCCCAGCUACAUGGCCGGGACCAACUUCUGGGGCACCGACAGGGAGAAGAGGGGGUUUUCAGCUCCCUCCUAUGACGACAAGCUUGUGGAGGUGGUCGGAGUCACGGGGAUCACGCAGGUAACCACGGCCAAAGUCCUGGGGAUCCAGAACCAGCGAAUAGCCCAGUGCCGCUACGCCAAGAUCAUCAUGCACGGGCCGGACAAGCUGCCGAUGCAGGUGGAUGGAGAGGCCUGGCUUCAAGGGCCCGGAAUAAUCGUCGUCUCUCACAAGAACAAAGCGAGGAUCAUCUUCAAAAACAAGAUAUUCUCCCAGACCCUGGAGUCGUGGAAGCAGAAGAACCCGGGUCAGCCGGUCAGUCCCCAGAGACCAGUCGGAAUACUCGACUAUUUGACCGAGGAAGAGAUAGAGAGAUAUCGCAGCGCCGCUCACGCCACUCGGGCCCUCAUGGAACUGGUGAGACUGGAAGGAGCCGCUGGGAACUGCGAAGUCUCCAGAGAUCUGGUCCCUCUUCUUUCCAGCACCACCUCUACGAUGGACAGGGUCUUCCCCGAUGAUCAAAUAUCAGAGACGGCUGACUUGGAACAUUUGGAGGACUUCAAGAGAGAGAUGGGGGCUUUGGUGGAGGAGACCCUCUACACCCUCGACAAGAAGAAGAUAUCGUCGACUCGAGCUAGAAAGAUGAGAGAGUACGUGGAGCUACUAAAAUCCUGUGUGGAUGCCAUUUCUUCCUCGGAACUCUCAGCAACCGGUAACAACUAUCGGCGUGCCUCGGAGCCUACGGGGCUUCGUGGCCACACGACUCAGCAGACGUCGCCUUCCACUGCCCACAGAGGCAGGGCCGCCUGCAUGCACACAGACCCAACACUCAACGCCGACUGGUACAUAAACAAGAUUGGCAAAGAGGUGAGUGAGUGGGGAUGUGAUGAGGUGUGUUCAUGGCUGGGUCUCCUGGGACUCAGUGACUACGACUCUGUCAUUCACUCCAACGGCAUCACCGGCCCUGCUCUCCUUGACCUCCAGACCAAGGAUAUUCUGGAGCUGGGGUUCACAAAGGUUGGUCACAUGACCAAGCUACGUUCUGGGAUCCAGACCCUAAACCCCACCCUCAAUUCAAGACAGGGGGCCACCAAACGGGCCAGACAAUUCAGAGAAACGAGAUAAACUGGUUUUUAUUCUAUUCACAACCAUGUUCUAUAUAAUUAUGUACUUCAUUGAUGUGCACCCAACUAUUAUUAUGAUGCAACUUUACAAACAUUUUUCUUGGUUCAGGUUUUAUAUAAGAUAUCAUCCACUGUUUAUCGAUUUAUACAUUAUAACUUUAUGUUGAAAACAAUAUUGCGCAUGCGCUAGUCGAAUUCUGAUAAAAUCAAUAAAGGUCGGAUCAUUCUGAUAAAAUGUGAACCACGACCUUGCUAUGUUAGACUAAUGGAGUAGAUGUGGGGUACAUUAAAUGGGUGCUCCCUGGGUAACGAACAGUUGCAGAUGAGUUUGGAGACAGUGUCGCAGUCCAAGACACCGGAUCCUGUGGGUUGGCUGUCUCAUUCCAACAUGCCCGUACCUCGGUACCGUUCCCGGACAUGUCAGUACAGGGACAGUAUUCAGAGAGUGGUCUGUGGGGGCGGUAUUGACCUGCUAGGCCACCUAGCACCAGCAGGGCCACUCCCACCACCAGCAGAGCCAAUCUAGACAGAACAAGUCUUGACUUUGGGGACCACUUUAUCCAUCCGCUCGCCCCACUACUACGUUCAUGUAGGUCUCUGAGAAAUGUCAUGUUGGAGAUGUUGUGACUUCUCCCAUUACUGACUGUAGCUUGUGAAAGAAAUUCUGGAUCUUGUUCAGUUGAUGCUAAUUCUUUUUCUUCGUCCAUUGAGAUUAGGGGUAACUCUUCUACUAACAUCCCAGAAUGGGCUUUUUCGCUCUCAAGCCCAUUGCCAGCAGUGAAAUCUCUAAAGACCAUACGUUCUCUGUCUCUCUCCCUCUCUCCCUCCACGUCCUCCAUUGCCGUACUGACACUGGAGCCGACCGACUGAGUGUCUGACGAUGACGACGCAUCAGUUGAAACGCUUGCGCUUUGUGCUCUCUUUAUUGCCUGAAGACAAAAGGUAAUCACAUGAUCCAAUUAUGAUAUUAUGUAAGAGGUAGUAAUAGUAGAUGUUUAACCUCAAGUGAUUCCUUGUCCCAUUUGAGAAUAAUUACCAACACAAUAUAGCAGGUCGCCUGAGGUGGGUAUGAGAGGAUAUUGAUUACAUCACACCCCAAUCAUGUGACUGUCACAUGACUAAGCCCCCGCCAGUCGCUGCCCACACACCUGAGUAACGGAACCCACGAGG